UUCAGAACAUUUUUAGAAAACAUUUCUGGAAUUUGAUUGAAAAUACUUAUUGAACACUAAAUGUUUUGCUCUUCCAAAGCAGUAGAUGUCGCUGAUGAUGGACAGAUUGUAUCUAGGUUUUUCAAUAGUUAAAAAAAAAAAAAGGUUUGAAUCUCCCGCGCAAGUUUCCGGUCCUCAUUCCUGGACAUCCUAGCAACAGUCCUUGGAUACAAACCGUGAAGGAAGCGAAGCCAGCUCGCCUGGUGGCGAAACAACAACAACAUGGAAUCUCUAGAAAUAACGUCAACUGCGGACGAGGCAGUAAAAAGGACGGAGCCAUGGUUCAGUCUUCCAGCAGUUGAGGACACGGGUCUGGGCCAGUCAUCAGGCCACCAUGAAAUGGAGGGUCAGUCUGAGUCUCCGUCUGGCGCCGACCACCGACACACUGUCAGCAGGACAAGGGACUGGGAUCUCCAACAACUAGACUUUCAGGACAGUCGUCAGUCACCUGCCCUUGCCCUGCUGCCUGAGUUUGACUUCUCAGACUAUUCUCUCUUCCAAAAAACAGACUUUGAGUUUGCUCCUUUAAGAGGGUGUCCUGAUGUGUCGCUAGCCUCUGAGAGGUCACCCCUGGCCCAGGUCAAUAUGGAAGGUGUCCAGCCACCUGACCCUGAGAACGCCUCUAUGUCCCAGCAUCUUCAGGACCACAACGCCACUGCCCUGUCUGAUCAGCAUCCCCUCGGUCACGCCUCUACCCAGUCUCAGUCGGAGGAGGGGGCCAGCUGCUCCUACUCCCUUUCAGAGCACAGCAUGUCCCUGGAUGAGGGAGUGGUACCACCACAAGAGGACCGCUACCCAGCUAUGGCCAGGGACAACGAAAGGAUGAUGACUCAGUCUGGGACAGGUACUGGUCUCUUUGAACCGGAGGGACCUCUGGCCAUGCUCCCUGAAGACAGCACGUCGUUCCGCAGCAGGGACCCUGCUACACAGCAGAAGGACGUUGAUAUGCCGAGUGGUGGCAGCGUCGCCGCCUCCUCCGCCUCAGAGAUCUCUCUCAUCCCGACCGCCUCCUUUAGGGGAGAGUCCAGGGGUGGCGGCUGUGGUUCUUCUAAACCAGAUGAUGUUCGCAGAGGGUCCGACAGGGCAAUGAGUGUCUCGUCUAAGUCCCCACCUGCCACUGGGAGACGGGAAGGCCCCCAAGGAGGAGCUGAGAGGGCGGGGAAACAAGUGGGAAGUAGGCAGUCCUCUCUGGUGUCCCUGAGCAGCCAGCUGGAUGACAGCUGUGACGUGCUCCGCGGGCAGCUGUGUUCUGAGGCGGAGAGGGGUCUUAACCCCGGCCCUGUUGGUCCUGAGACCCAGGGGAAGGCCCGGCUCAGACCCUCCUUACACACUGAAGCCAGAACACCCGCUCCUGAUGGGAUCCAGACAGUCGGCGCUCCUCCUACUGGAUCAUCCACGGGGCUGCUGGCUGGCAUGGCAGCGCCCGGGGUUGGGUCAGUGACCCGGCUCUCAGCCGGGUUCAGUGUGGAGCGGGGCCACUGGGAGAGGGACCUCUGGUUCUCGGGGAACCAGACUGGGGUGGAACCAAACGCCUCAUUCCUGGGCUUCCUCCCCCAGCCCGUCUCCCAGUCCACCCCGGCUGUGUUCCUCCACGCUCCGGCCAGUUCCCCAACCAGCACCAGACCGAAUGUAGGACAGCUGCCCAUGGCAUCGUACCUGGAAACAGGCUCCCAGAGUUCCUCCAGCUCCAGGGCCUCUUCCCAGCCCCAGCCUCAGUCCGCAUCAGUCACCACGUCUCAUAUUGAUGCGGUGGCCCCUGACACAGCCCCACGUUGCAGAGAAGAAGCCCUGCUCCAGAAGCCAUCAGGACAAAGCCACCACUCUCUACCCAGUCUCACCUACCUCCAGAAGGUGGACGCCUGGAGGGCCAACCAGAGCUCUAGCAGCAGGACGUCCUUCUAUGACAACCUGUCCCUCCAGGGCUCCUCCGGUGUCACUCCCAAACAGAAGGCCUCCGAGGCCGUUUCUGGUUCUCUGAACCUCACGCUGAAUCCUCCACGUGGGGGGCACAUCGCAGAGCCACAACCCGAGCAGCAGCUGCCCAUGGUGGGGUCUAACCAGCAGGCCUUCGGCCUGUCUGCCUCUGGGCCUCCAUCCCCGACCAGAGGGGAGGCAGCAGGUAGAGGCAGCGCCCCGAUCGGGAGAGAGGCAGGACAGCUCCCAUCACCCCUUGGCAGGUCUCAGUCGUAUUCCUCCCUCAGUACUGUCGUCACGUCCAUCCAGACAGCUCAGCAAACACAGAAACCAACUGACCAGGACAGCGGCCAGACAGAUACGCGGACAGAGCCACGGGGGGUUUCAAACCUGGCCCAGCUCAGGGAGGCGGAGAGAAGGCCGAGCCAGGGAAGGCCUGAGAGGGUUGAGACGGCGGACACACCUGGAUUUGGUCCUGCUCCUGAAAGGCUUAGUGCUGCUCCAGCCAGACCCUCUGACAUAAUCAGCCUGGGGCGCUUCAGUGACGUGUCAUCAAAUAGAGACAACCUCUCCAACUCUCAGGACAGCGGCCACGGUGUGCAGAACUUUGGGGCAUCUGUCGGGCCUUCUUCUGUGGUGAGUCUGGAGGUGGAUAACUACGCCCCUUACUGGUCGUCCAAACCCUCCACGCCCCACACGGAGAGGGAGCUGCUCAACAUUGAGGAUAGGAUUCCAACAUACCUACGCAAUCUUGGGAUCGAUCAGUCUCCUUCCACAAUCCUGACUCCCUUUAUACCUCGAGGGCCAAUUAGAGAGCCAGAGUUCUCUCCCACAGAUUUAUGCACCAUAAAGGGAUCCACCGCCACUGGAACUCCGACCAAGAGUGCACAGCCUUCUGAAGGUGACAGCCCCCAUAAAGAAGAGUUCUCCAUAUCCAGCAUGGUGUCUGUGACCUCCAGCAUGUCCCUACCUGUCAGUGUGGACAGCCUCCACCUCCCCCCCAUCAGGACCCUGACAGAGAAACCCGGGGGCUGGCUUUCCCCCUCCCCGGACCUAGACCCAAACAGAGACAGGUCUCCCAGUCUGGGCAGUCUGAGGAUGGCCCUCUCUACCCUGGACACCUCCCUGGAUGGCACUGAUCUCCAAGACUCCCUGCAGGACUCAGACAAAGCCCAACCCACAAUCCCUGAACCACUGUCCAGUCAACCCCAGUACACAGGUUGGCCCCAGGGGCUGCACCAGACAGACAACAGCCAGACAGACAACAGCCAGACAGACGACAGCCAGACAGACAACACGGUCAGUUUUUCUACCCAGGUUGCUAUGGUGAUAGCAGAGAGGUUUGAUUCCAGUUCUGAUAGCCUGUCCAGGAACAGAGACUGGGACAAUCUAGACAGAGAGCGAGAGGGUCUGGACAGAGACAGCUUACUUCAGUACAGAGAGCGAGAGGGUCUGGACAGAGACAGCUUACUUCAGUACAGAGAGCGAGAGGGUCUGGACAGAGACAGCUUACUUCAGUACAGAGAGCGACAGGGUCUGGACAGAGACAGCUUACUUCAGUACAGAGAGCGAGAGGGUCUGGACAGAGACAGCUUACUUCAGUACAGAGAGCGAGAGGGUCUGGACAGAGACAGCUUACUUCAGUACAGAGAACGAGCAGUAGGUACCUGUCCCCAGGUUAAUAUCAGUGUAGAUGAUUCCUUCGUUGGCUCCCAGACCCUGCAAGACAUCAGAAGGCUGCUGGGCAGGGCCGACCACCUGGUCUCUGGAGGUUCUUCCUCCUCUGAUGAAGACACCCUGCUCCUCUCGCUCAGGAGAAAGGUGGGAAGAUUUCAGGACUGCUCCUUUACCUCCUCCUCUACAGGGAUUGGGGAGCUGGAACCCAGGAGUCGCUCCUCUCUGCCGCUGGCCCGCUCCUCCUCUGACUCCAUGCUGCUGGCAGAGCAAAUGAGAGAGAAAGACAAUGAGAGCAUGAGGGAGAGAGACAGGACCCCCCAAGGUCCAGAAAGAUCAUCUUCCGGAACACCAAUCGGAGCAGAGCACCAGUCCACACAGACAGAAUGUGGCCCGCCUUCCAGGGAGGAGUCUGGGAGAGCGGCACAGGGCGCAAAGCAUCAUGGGAGCCUACCAAAGGACGUCCCUGCCAGUGCCACACUGCUCCUGUCCGAAUCCGUGCUGAGAGCAGAGCCCGAGGGCUGCAGUGCCGGCCCUUCAGAUAGCCAGCCACUCCCGUCGUCGGGCGGCGACGGUGCUGAGAAUGAAGGGGAGGGCGAUCCGGCAGCGAGCAACCCUUCGUCGGGCAGCGCCGGGGGCUCUGACCUGGAGGGCGGCGGUCUGUCUGAGCAGGGCGAGGGAGGAGAUGAGCUGAGUGACGGUGGUGGCAGCAGCGAGAGCUCCCUGGCGGCCCGGGUGGCCAUGCUGCUGCGGACUGAGUCCAUCAGCACCGCGGUGUCGUCAUCCAGCGCCGCCACCGCCGACCUGGAGGAGAGCAGGGCCAGAGAGUGGUUGAGGCUGAAGGUGUCGGGACAGCAGUGUGAGCCCCUGGAGCUGAACACAGAGGACAGACUGCGCAUUGAAGAGAUCAAGAGAGAACUGCUGCUCAGACAUCCACUCAAGAGCCAGAUGAGCACAGACACUGAGAGCAGCCUUGUGUCCAGCGUUGGAGGUCCAGGGGCCCGUCCUGCAGAGCUGUUCUCCAGGGGGCACAGGCAGUGUGAGGCUCGGAGGGCAGCGGAGGACCGUCCGUCCCAACAGCUACAACAGCCGAGCAGAAGCCCGUCUGACUCCAGCAUUGAGCUCCGUGCCCUCCGGAGACGAGACUUGGAGGAACAUGUGGGACAGAUCGCCCGGCGAGAGGGUUUUCCCCUGCCCAGACCCCACCCUCCCCCCCUGACCUCCAUCACCAUCUCCACCUUGCGCCGCUCCCCCUCUGCUCCACUCAGCCCCACACCAGAGCCACUCCAGGUUUCCCAGCCUGAGGAUGAGGGGCAGCAGCAUCAGACACAGCCCGCGGAGGAGAAGAGCACCAGCACCACCUUAACACAUGGCAGAGACCCAACCAGCACUACCUUAACACGCGGCAGUGACCUAACCAGCACCACCUUAACAUAUGGCAGAGACCCAACCAGCACCACCUUAACACACGGCAAAGACCCAAUCAGCACUACCUUAACACGCGGCAGUGACCCAAUCAGCACCACCUUAACAUGCGGCAGUGACCCAAGCAUCACCACCUUAACACGCGGCAGUGACCCAAGCAUCACCACCUUAACACGCGGCAGAGACCCAACCAGCACCACCUUAACACGCGGCAGAGACCCAACCAGCACCACCUUAACACGCGGCAGAGACCCAACCAGCACCACCUUAACACGCGGCAGUGACCCAAUCAGCACCACCUUAACAUAUGGCAGUGACCCAACCAGCACCACCUUAACACGCGGCAGUGACCCAACCAGCACCACCUUAACACGCAGCAGUGACCCAACCAGCACCACCUUAACACGCGGCAGUGACCCAAUCAGCACCACCUUAACACGCGGCAGUGACCCAAGCAGCACCACCUUAACACGCAGCAGAGACCCAAGCAGCACCACAAUAACACGCGGCAGUGACCCAAGCAGCACCACCUUAACACGCGGCAGUGACCCAAGCAGCACCACCUUAACACGCGGCAGAGACCCAAGCAGCACCACCUUAACACGCAGCAGUGACCCAACCAGCACCAUCUUAACACGCGGCAGAGACCCAAGCAGCACCACCUUAACACGCGGCAGAGACCCAAGCAGCACCACCUUAACACGCGGCAGAGACCCAAGCAGCACCACCUUAACACGCGGCAGAGACCCAAGCAGCACCACCUUAACACGCGGCAGAGACCCAAGCAGCACCACCUUAACACGCGGCAGAGACCCAAGCAGCACCACCUUAACACGCGGCAGAGACCCAACCAGCACCAUUUUAACACAGGGACAGGCUAGCUCCCAGGGACAGGCAGGUGGACAGCUGGGACAGUGUGGUUCCACACUGGAUCCUGGAGCUUCUUCGACAACCAGGACAGGGCAGGAUCAGGUCUCACACCUCCACGUCACCCUCUCCCCAAAAGGAGCUGAAGAGAGGACCCAUUCCGAAAAGGUUCUGUCUUUUUCUCCUCUCCAGAACUCUGAUGUCUCCAGCAUUGUUGAAGUCCGCAGGGGCCCAAGUUAUGUCUCUGAGCCUGUGACCACCAAUCAGACACUGUCUCAGGGUACCAGAGAACCAAUCAGGCGACUGGGGCAGGAGAAUGUUUCAGUAGACCACUCAUUUCAGAUGACCGUGGAAACCGCAACCUCCACAUUCCCAGAAUGCUUCACUCCUCCCCAGCGGUUGGCUGGUACUGGCCAGUCUAGGGCCGCGGCGUUGCCUGUUCUGUUGCCGUACAAACCACAUGGCAGUGAGAUGUUCUACGUUCCCCAGAACCAAACGCACACUGACACGCACACUGACACGCACACUGACACGCACACUGACACGCACACUGACCCGCUGUCCCCUGGCAGAUCAGACACCACCAUGGAGAGCUCCCACCCCGGGUCAGAUGACGCUGUGCCCCCUCGUUUCAACGUUGAGAUCCUGGGGUCCCGGGACCAGUCAGUGGACAGGGGUGUUCACUUCAGACACCGCGAGGGGAUCUACAGCAAGAGGCUGCGACUGGGCGACCCUUACGACAGACGGCCAGGACAUCACGACUACAACACACAGAGGAGAGCUGUGUCAGUGGAUGAAAGCCAACCAAUGAGUGUCCAGCGGGAUGCUGUAUCAACCACCACCACCAGAGGGCCCACUGAGGUCAUCCGUGAACGGGGGACAUUAUGCAGCAUCACUACACAGACCCAGGGGGUGCCAGACCCAGAACAGCCCACACGGCCAUCCCAGCCCGCCCAGCUCUCCUUCGGCCCUCCCCGGCCCUCCUUUGGCUCCAGCCUGGGCGAUGACGAGCAGGAGGAGUUCCAGCCUCUCCACGUAGAAAUGGACUAUAGCAGCAUGGACCACCACCAGCCCCUCCACCUGAUCAACCACUCACUCCACCAAAGCCACCCCCUUCAAGCCUCCGACCCUCAAACAGGGGAGGAGCGAGGUCGAGACCCAGGGAGGCGAGACCACAGCCUGGUCGAGGGGAGUAGUAGCACUCUGGACCAACUGUGGCGGCGGUUCAGUGAGAGGUGGAGCCUGCAGGAGGCCCGGCCUGUCAGCGAGAGAGAGACGUCUCUUCUGGAGCGGCUGGAGCGGCUGUCCCGUCUCAUCCACAGCACAAAUGCCAGGUUUUCUACCCUGACCGAACCAGAGCCAGCAACGCAGAAGAAUGCGCAGCAGCAGACCGGCACCAAAGAAUACAAACGGUGGGAGGUGAAGAAGAUGAGCAGAGGAGGUGUGGAAGAAGAGAGGAGUAGGAGAGAGGAGAGGAGACUGUAUGAUGGCCAGGCUAAUGGUAACCAGGCUAGUGAUAAUCAGGCUAAUGUUAACUGGGAUACUCAGGUUAAUGGUCCACGCCAAGCCUGGGUCCAAGUGGAACCCCAAAACCAGCAGAGGGAGGACCCCAAGCCUGCCUCCGACAGAUCUAGCCCUUCCCAUGUCCAUGCCCUAAGCUCUAGCCUUUCCCAUGGCCACGCCCGGACCUCUAGCCCCUCCCACAGGAUAUCCAGCAGCCAACAUCUGUGUCCAGCAGAAAGGGAUGAGUCCGAGAGCAUCUCUGGGGAGACCAACACCUCCAUGUCUACUGUAGACACAGACCGCCUGGUCAAGGCUUUCGGAGCCCACCGGGUCAGAGUCCUGAAGACAGGAGGAACCAGCCGCAGCCUCAGUCAGCUCUACAGCGCCAUCUACCAGCAGAGGAGAGGUAGACCACCUCAUAUCCCCACGGUUUCCUCAGAGUCCACUGGCACUGACGAUUCUACGAUUACAGCUGAUUCUACAUCAUCAUUCAGCGCCUACACCCUUCCCCCACACAGAGGCCCCUCCCAUUCUCACCGAGGCUCUUCCCUCUCCAAGAAGGCUGUCAAACUGGUCAGCAAAGGAAUACAGGCAGGUGACCUGGAGAUUGUGAGUAACGGGACCCGUCGACACACCCGAGAUGUUGGCACCACGUUCCCCUCUCCAAGCUCAGCGGGGGGUGCCAGGCAGCCCCUUUCCUCGUCCUCCAGGGGAGGGGAGGAAAACCCUUUUAAAAGCCAAGAGUUUCUGAAAGGGGGGAGCACAAACAACAACCAGCCCUUUCCCAAGCACCAUUAUCAAGAUAAAGGUGUGUCAUGGCACAUCCCUGCGGAUGACCUGAGGGCUGAAGGAAGGAAGGAGAACCAGCUGGUGUCGGCCCCACCCCUGGCCUGGUUUGAACCCUACAGCCGGACCCGGCCAUGGAGGCAACCACUCAGACAGAGACACAUACAGGGACCAGAACAGGACCUACAGGACAGGGACAGGGCACCGACUAGGCAGAACAAGCCACAGCCAGGCGGAGGAAGACCCAGUGAGUGGAAGCAGACCAAGCCCAAAACCAUCAGCCCUCUUGGGCCUGAAUCAACUAGCAAAGCCCUCUCGGCCCUGGUCCCAAUAACUCUACAGGAGGCGCUGGAGCUGCACCGACCAGAAUUUGUGUCUCGGUCCCGUGAGAGGGUGAAGAGGCUGGCACUGCAGGUGGAAGACAGGAAGCUGCAGACGGUCUUCAGUAGAGAGAGAGACGAGCUAUUCAACCCUCCCAGAGGAACAGGGAGACUGCUCAAACCUGCAGGAACAGCAGUAUUUAAAAGAGCUGUUACUAAGAAAGAGAUGUUUCAGCGGUCUAAACAGAUGUAUGAGCAGCUCCCGGAGGUGCAGAGGAGGAAAGAGGAGGAGCGCAGGAGAGCAGAGUAUCAUUCCUACAGACUCAAUGCUCAGUUCUACAAUAAGAGAGUCACCAACCGUGUCCUGGGCAGACGAACAGCGUGGCAUUAAUGAUGACAUCUAGCGGGCCUUUAACUCUUUAUUUAUUAAAUAUGUCGUUGCUGUGAAUAAGUGAUCUUGGUAUAAAAAAAAGUUUGUCAGGAUUCCAUCCACAAUUAAUUAAUUACACAAAUUUAGAUUUGAAUUCAAUUCUGAUCUAGAACAAGGCUUACAUUUUAACAGAUUAUAACAUGAAAUAAUGUUUUAAAACCAAAUGGGUGCUUUAGUCUCAGGAGUUGAAUGUUUUAUUGUAAUAAUUUUGAUAAUGGUUUUUAAAUAAAUAAACAA